AUGGCAACUCCACUGCUGAACGAGGCACUAGACCCGUUGGGCGACCUUGUGAACGGAGUGGGACCGAGCACUGUACCUCCCAUGAGUGACGAAGCGCUCGCCGUCGAGUACGAAAAGGCCUUCCAGAACCUUUCAGAGACGGUCAGCUUCCUCGAUGAGAGGUCGAGCUGGUACGGCCGACUUGCCAUGUACCACCAUGUGAACCGACCAUGGGCCGACCUCCCACCCUGCAUCCAAACCAGCGUCAUACGAUACUUCAACUGCGCCAGUGUCGAGCAAGGUGAACUGGCCUGGAUCCGCCUUUUGCAAUGGACGGCGCGCCGCCGCAGCGUUGGCAUCUCCGAGCGCGGGGUUGGCGACCCACCACCAGAGUUUGGCGUCAUCGAACUGUCCGACGAGUGGGUGCGCGACCAUCAGCCCAACCUCUCGGAGCAGCGGCUCAAGUAUGAGGCGUACCAAAUGGGCAAGAUGAUGGUCUACAUUUCGCCCAAGCUUCAGCCUACGGAACCGGACUUCCCAGCCUUGAACGACGAGGACCUUGCCCUCUUGGCAGAGUGGGACGAGACCAUUGCGACGUUCGAUGAGCGACUUGGGCUCGAGGUCUCAGUCACGGCACCUGAGAAGCCUGAUGGGCCAUCAACGGCACCAGGGACGGUCAUCGACCUCACAUCACCUUCACCGCCGCCAGAUCUCCAUCAAUCCCCUGCGGACCUGGGACAACCAGCCACGCCAUCAGCCAACCCCGCGACCGCCGAUGCGAUGACCUCGUUCGCAGAGGCCCUCACCUUGCACUUCCAGGAAGACCCAGCAAGCAUGGCGGCCUUGGCUGAACUGUCUCAACCACAUGGCCACAUCAGCCUCGAUGUCGAAGCCGAAACGCUGCAGUGGCUGGAUGGCUUAGGCAGUGCCACGACCCUUGUGCCAGAGAUCCAGCCAUCAUCCUCUACCAUGAUCCAUCAGGACACCACCUGUUUCACAAGCGACACCAUCUUGAGCAUUCCUGCUCCCGUCCAACCUACCACAAUCCCCCAAGCGGCACUGUACACUGUCCAGGCCCCCAACAAUGGCAGUUGCAUUACCGAGCCAUAUUUGCUCUACGCUGGGGCACCAGACUUUCGGCCAGGCUUCGCUGCUCCCGUCGUCUCUCAACCGCCAACCCUCAGCUGGCCUAUGGAGCUCCUCUCUCAGCCAAACCAGGUGGUUUACACGUCUCCCGGAGUCGUCAAAUCUGAACACCAGCCGAUGCUGCCACGCCACACCCAGCAGUUGGCACAGUGGCAGGGAAUGCCUGCGGCCCAGCCAGUGCUGUCGGCACCCGUCCGGCAGAUGGCGGCUCCCGUCCCUCCAGUGGCGCCACUCGGCAAUUCCCUGGUUCCACAGCAACACUACCAAGUUACUGCCGAGGACACCGAGCGGGUCUCGCUCAAGCGCAAACUGGCCGAACUCGAAGAGGGCAAGCUCAAGGCAGCACAGGUGGCGGAAGCCAAGCGCAUAAAGCGCAACCAACAAUCUAUGCUUGCCAGGAAGAGAAGGGUAGCCAAGCAGAAGGCGGAAGCGGCCGCUCGCCUCCUGGCUGAGAAUGAAGUCAACGAGGGAUCAAGUGCGCUGUACUCGGACCAGCACGGACCCGCAAGGACUCGUUUGGCUUCUCCAUUUACCCCACUCCCUCGUGCCGAGGUUGGCAAUACUGCCGCUCAUUACCCGUCUACCUACAUGGACACACCACCUUCGCGCUCGCAAGCACACAACCCGCCUUUUAUCCCCGCCAACAAUCAGCUUGCGUACCGCUACAGCGAGGCGACACUGGUCCCGCAGUCACAGCCACACCUCUACUCGCUGGAUCCGUGCUAUCUCGGUCAAUACCAGAGCGGAGGCAAACAGGACAUCCAGCAGUCCUUCUACACGGCGUCUCCAGCUUCCCAAGGGGGCACAGCUGUACCUGUUCCAUGUCAUACCACGGGGGCUGUCGGACAGUACCAGGUCCAGUUCCACAACCCUCCUCAGACGCUGGCACCAGAGUCCGCCGACUGGUCGGCUGCCACCUACGACUCCAUGUUCUUUCAGCAAGCCCAGCAGUUGGACUCUCAGCAACAGCAAGCCGCAAUUCCAUCGUGGCAGCGCUCUCAGAUUCUCGAGCAACACCGCCAGCUCCAGCACGACCAACAGAAAGCACUCGGCGCAGGCUACAUCUCGCCCCAGCUUCACUCCGGGCCACAAGGCGGUCGACCCACUGCAGCUCCGAGAACGUACCCCACCCCACCACACUCGUUCCCAGAGUCGAGACGGCAGUCGACCAUUUCUCCAAACUCUGACAGCGACACAUCACAGGGUGGACCGCAGCUCCAGACCUUCCCUCUCCAUCUCCCGCAGAGCCAAUCCCAGGAAUCGAUCUUGAGUCUCGACACCAGCUGGCACUCCAAGCUCAGCCAACAGUGGCCAGACCCACACACCCCCACCGCGCAACCCACCCCUGGGAUGUAG